AUGUGCUCCACGCUGGAGCUCCUUGACCGUGGUCCCAUCACAUACGAGUCAGCCGCCAACAAAGAGGCCAACAUCCUCAAUCAGCUGCCACACGUCGCAGCCACAAAGGCACUAUAUCGGAGUCUUUGGGACCAGAGAGACGUGAUUGCUGCGCUUGCCAAACACCAUCUUCGUCUUGGCCAUCGGGACGAAUGCGUUGCUCUACCCCCGUGCGAAUGGAUCCGGGGCAGGUUCAAUGUCUGCAUACCCGUCAAGGUGACGACGGCCGCUUGCACCAAGCAGGUCAUGCUGCGGUGUCCAAUGUCAUACAAGCUCGCCGAAUCCCAGUAUCCCGGCACCGUCGAUGAGAAGCUGAGCUGCGAGGUGGCCACCUAUGCCUGGAUGCAAGAGAACUGUUCAGACAUCCGGAUUCCCCACCUAUACGGCUUCGGCUUCUCCGACGACCGCCAUUAUACGCACGUGGAACAGCGGCCUUUCCACGUCCGUCUCGCUCGCAGGUUCCAACGUCAUCUCUACAAGCUCCUUGGAUACUCGCGCCUGUCUCUUUACACGGCCAAUCCAACAUCUCUCCGUCUGCCGACUGCAUACAUGUUCAUCGAACACAUCGGCCCGGAGGUGGGCCAAAUGCUCUCAAACACGUGGGGCAGCGCGCAGAAUGAUGAUGACCGAAGACAAAGGCUGUUCCGCGGCAUGGCUCGAAUCAUGCUCUCCUUGGCUCGUGUUCCUCAUCUACAGAUAGGGUCAUUUCGAUUUGAUCCCGAUGGCUCCGUUGUCUUAGGGAACCGCCCCCUGACCUGCUCAAUGAUAAUACUGGAGAAUGACGGUGCCCUAAGAACGAUGCAACAGUCCCAAACCUAUCGUUCCACGGAAGCAUUCGUGGCAGACAUGCUCACGCUGCACGAUGAUUAUUUCCUGGCAAAGCCAAACGCGGUUCUCGACGAUGCAGACUGUCACGGCCAGAUGGCAGUCCAAGUAAUACUCCGGGCGCUUUCGCACCACUUCAUCCGGAGGGACCAACGGAACGGGCCGUUCUUGCUCCAGCCUACCGACCUACACGCCAGCAACAUAUUCGUCGACGCAGAUUGGAACGUCACAUGCCUCGUCGACCUUGAAUGGAUAUGCGCCCUACCUGCCGAGAUGCUUGCUGUGCCGUAUUGGAUCACUGGAUGUGGUAUCGAUGAGAUAGAGGGUGACCGCCUCGACGAAUUCGACAAGGCCAGGCAAGAGUUUCUACACAUCUUGGAGCAAGAAGAACGCAGCACCUCAGCCGAGCACGGCUUGUCGUUAUCCAAGAUCAUGCAAGAAAUGUGGGACUCGAAUGGGGUGUGGUUUUGGUUCUGCAUCGAGUCUGUGAAUGCUUCGCUCUGUGUUGUGGCACAGCACAUCUGCCCCAGGUUCUCGAUGCAUCUGUCUUCGGACGUCGAGACGACCAUAUCUAGUUUUUGGUCUCAAGACUCUGCUCAGAUAGUUGAGAAGAAGCGGGCGGACUUAGAGACGUACGAAAAAGAGCUCAGACAGUUCUUCGGCAAAGCAUCAUGCGCAUAA